AUGGAUGAAGCAGAAAUGGUUAUGGUCUUCCUAGAGGCCCAUGAGGCGGACUACUUCCAGAACAUGAUGUCCGCUAUGAGUAAUCUGUUCGCCAAGGCUAUCAAAAUUAGGGAGAGAGUCGAAAAUGAUUUCAAUGGCUAUAUUGGGGCUAAUGCUAGGGGUUCUGAUGAUGUGCACGACGGGUUCGGUUUUGGGAACAAGAAUGAGGGAGGUACUUCACAGUUGGAUUUUGCUAGAACUUUUGAUUUGGUUAUAGCUAACUCGAGUUUCCCGAAGAGGGAAGAGCACCUGGUCACUUUCCGAAAUUCGAUGGGCAAGACUCAGAUUGAUUAUCUUCUUUACAGAAAAUGCGGUAAAGGUUUGUACACUGAUUCCAAGGUCAUCCCAAGUGAGCACCUCACGACCCAACAUAGGCUCCUAGUUAUGGACAAGGAGAUCAAGAAGAGUAGGAGGAAGAGGGUGGUGUGCAGGAAACCUAAGAUCAAGUGGGGUAACUUGACCGAGGACAAAGCUCAGGAGUUAGGGGAGAAGUUAUUGGCUAUGAGGGUCUGGAUGAGUAGGGAGGACGAGUCUAGUAUGUGGAUCACGACUGUAAAUUGCAUUAGGGAAGCUGCUAGAGAGGUCUUAGGGGUCACGAAGGGCUUUCCUGGGGGUCAUAAAGGAGACUGGUGGUGGAAUGGAGAGGUCCAAGGUAAAGUGAAAACUAAGAAAGCUGCAUAUUUAAAGCUAAUGGGGAGUACAAACGAGGAGGAAAGAAGGACUUAUCAGGAGUGUUACAAAAAGGCAAAGAAAGAGGCAAAGGUAGCAGUUACGACGGCUAAGAACGCGUCGUUUGCUGUUUGUACAAGGAGCUCGGGGGAAAGACGGGGACAAGAAGUUGUACCGAUUGGCCAAGGUGAGGGAGAGGAAGGCCCGUGA